GUGGGGCGGGAGGGGAAGGCGGGACGGCGAGGCGCCCGCGCAGGUGGAAGCGCCCGCCCACAGCUUCGCCUCAAGCUGCGUCCGGCUCACAAUAACCGCCCCGACCUGCGGGGGCGGGGUCGAGCAGAAGCAAGUGUGGAAAAUUAUCAGUGUCACCUUGGGAAGAGGUGACGGACCAUCCUGAAGAUGUUCCUCCGACUGUUGGCUGAUGUCCGAUGGCAAAGAGCCAGCCCAGGAUGGAGAUGCGUUCCUGGUUCCCGACGCAGCAGCACAAGUGGAGCAGAACCUCACCUGGUACCUCUUCCGACUCAUGCACAGGUGGUCAUCUGUGGAGGUGGAAUCAUGGGCACAUCGGUGGCAUAUCACCUCUCCAAACUAGGAUGGAAGGACAUAGUUUUACUGGAGCAGGGCAGGCUGGCUGCUGGUUCCACCAGAUUCUGUGCUGGCAUCGUGAGCACCGCACGACAUCUGUCCAUUGAGCUGAAGAUGGCCAGCUAUUCAAACAAGCUCUAUCAGCAACUCGAGCAAGAGACGGGCAUAAAAACUGGUUAUGUGAGAAGUGGCUCGAUCUCGCUAGCUCAGACGCAGGACCGGCUGAUCUCCCUGAAGCGCAUUGCCUCACGGCUCAAGGUCAUGGGGAUCCCAUGCGAGCUCAUCCCGCCAAAGAGAGUGGCACAGCUUCACCCGCACAUCAACAUCCACGACCUGGUGGGAGCCAUGUAUGUACCAGAGGAUGCAGUGGUAUCGUCUGCUGACGUGAGCCUCGCUUUGGCACGUGCUGCCUCUGUGAACGGUGUCCAGAUCCACGAGCGGACGAGUGUCAUCCACGUUGUCUGCCAGAAGGGCUGCGUGGCUGCAGUGGAGACUGAUAGAGGAUCGAUUGAGUGCCAGUAUUUUGUUAACUGUGCUGGACAGUGGGCUUAUGAGCUGGGCCUUUCCAAUGAGGAGCCGGUCAGCAUCCCACUGCACGCCUGCGAGCACUUCUACCUCCUGACACGCCCUCUGAAGUCACCCUUGGAGAGCAACAUGCCAACUAUUGUGGACCCUGACGGGAGGAUUUACAUUCGCAGCUGGCAAGGGGGAAUCCUCUCGGGGGGCUUUGAGAAGAACCCCAAGCCGAUCUUCACGGAAGGCAAGAACCAGCUUGAGAUUCAGAAUUUACAAGAGGACUGGGACCACUUUGAGCCCCUUCUGAGCGCCCUUCUCCGGAGGAUGCCAGGACUGGAGGCUCUGGAGAUCGUGCAGCUGGUCAAUUGCCCCGAAUCCUUCACUCCAGACAUGCGAUGCAUCAUCGGAGAGUCCCCAACUGUGCAGGGCUACUUCGUCCUGGCUGGGAUGAACUCUGCGGGCACCUCUUUUGGUGGGGGAGCAGGCAAAUACCUGGCUGAAUGGAUGGUGAACGGCUAUCCCUCUGACAACGUCUGGCCCCUGGACCUGAAGCGCUUCGGCGCUUUGCAGGGCAGCCGCACCUUCCUCCGCCACCGUGUCAUGGAAGUCAUGCCCCUGAUCUAUGACCUGAAAGUUCCACGCUGGGAUUUCCAGACUGGCAGGCAACUGCGCACGUCACCCCUCUAUGACCGGCUGGAUGCCCAAGGAGCUCGGUGGAUGGAGAAGCAUGGGUUCGAGAGGGCCAAGUACUUUGUGCCCCCUGGGAAAGACUUGUUGGCCCUAGAUCAGAGCAAGACUUUCUACAAGCCAGAUUGGUUUGACAUCGUAGGGGCAGAAGUCAAGUGCUGCAAGGAAGCUGUGUGUGUCAUCGAUAUGUCCUCGUUCACCAAGUUUGAAAUCAGUUCCACUGGGGACCAGGCCCUGGAGGUCCUGCAGUAUCUCUUCUCCAACGACCUGGACGUACCUGUCGGACACAUCGUACACACAGGGAUGCUCAAUCACAACGGAGGGUACGAGAACGAUUGCAGCAUCGUGCGGCUGAACAAACGCAGCUUCUUCAUGAUCUCCCCGACUGACCAGCAAGUUCAUUGCUGGGCCUGGCUGAAGAAACACAUGCCUGAGGACAGCAACUUGCUCCUGGAAGAUGUGACCUGGAAGUACACAGCUCUGAAUCUGAUUGGCCCACGUGCUGUAGAUGUCCUCUCGGAGCUCUCCUAUGCACCAAUGACUCCAGAGCAUUUCCCCUCGCUCUUCUGCAAGGAGAUGAGCGUGGGUUAUGCCAACGGCAUCCGUGUCAUGAGCAUGACGCACACCGGGGAGCCAGGAUUCAUGCUCUACAUCCCCAUUGAGUAUGCUUUGCACGUGUACAACGAAGUGAUGAGCGUGGGGCAGAAGUACGGGAUCCGAAACUCUGGCUAUUACGCCCUCCGCAGCUUACGCAUUGAGAAGUUUUUUGCCUUCUGGGGCCAAGACCUGGAUGCUUUCACUACCCCCUUAGAAUGUGGGCGUGAGUUUCGGGUGAAACUCGAGAAGGGCACUGACUUUAUUGGGCGGGAGGCGCUGAUGCGCCAGAAGCAGGAGGGGGUCUACAAGCGCUUCACCAUGUUCAUCCUUGACGAUCACGACGCAGACCUGGACCUGUGGCCCUGGUGGGGGGAGCCCAUCUAUCGGAACGGACACUUUGUGGGCCUGACCACCAGCAGUGCCUACAGCUACACCCUCGAGCGGCAUGUCUGCCUAGGUUUCGUGCACAACCCAGACCCAGAAACUGGCGAGGAGCAGCUGGUGACGCCCGACUUCGUCAACCGGGGAGAGUACGAGAUUGAGCUCGCCGGACAGCGCUUCCAGGCCAAGGCAAAGCUCUACCCCUUCAGCUCCCUUUUCACGCCACGCCGGCGCAAGGACGAAAUGGAAUUCAGUGGUUACCAGGGGAAGUGAGACCCCGCCGAAUACGGGAGAGGUUGCACACUCUCCCUCUGCUGCUGGUUGGACUUUCUUUAGUCUCCUAGGUCUGUUACAUUUUUGUACAUUUUAAAAAAAAGUCUUUUCCUUUCCUCUUCCUAAUAUAUGCAACUGUCUUUCUGCCCUUUCCCAGCUGUGUUCCUCCUACCUUUGCCGCAGCUGCUGAGCUCCUCCAAGCCAGUGGGUCACAUGGACUGGUGAGCCAGCCUCUGCAUACAGACCCAAAUGGGCCCCGAGCACAUAGGCUGUGUUCUGGAGCUCUCUGUUUCUUUACGGCGCUGAAACCCUGGCUGUGGAGCCAGCUAAGCUGCUGUGCAGUAGCCUCCACCCCCAUCAUUCAUAGUUCUCCACCUUAUGAUCUUCCUGCCAAAGCCACGAGGAAAUGGUUAGCAUCUCUCCACGGAGCAGUCUGUUCCUGAAGGACUUGGGCAGUUUCAUGUCUGCCCUCCUCCUCCAGGCAAGAUGGAGAUUGGGGGGAUAAAUGCCUGACAGAACAUUUGGGCUUGUUGAGUUGGAGCUGUCUGGUGGGGGGGUUGGCAUGCUGUCCCCCACCCCACCCCCCGCUUGUUUGCCAGAACUGUGGGACGCCUGGGUCUCUGUUGAUUGCGUUGCUGCCGUGACUGAUGAUGGUUUUGAUAUGCCCAGAAUCUCGCCCUGCUGCCAACUCUUCCCUCUCGGUUUCUUUGCUUUGACUGUUUACAGUCUCAGAUUGGCAGUGCAAUACAUUGGAUCCUGGGGAGAUCCACUCGGGGAGCUGCGUCUCUCAGUAGCCUCUUUGCCAGUAGCUCGGAGGUUGGGAUCGAAGGCCUGCCUCAGUGGCCUGCUGCUUACGAUGACCCCUGCUCCUUCCUCCCGAUCUCUCUCUCUCUUUCACCUCCUUCUGUAUCCUCUGGGUGGGUGUUCAGCUCCAUUUCCUGAAUAUUUCUCCCCACCCCACCCCACUCUAGCACCAGCCGCUACUGCAGUGACCGGGAAGUGGUUCCGACGCUCCGUACAGCCACGCAGUACAGUUUCCGCAAGAAGUUACACUUCCAGGGAUGCUUGUUUGUAAAAAAGUUUCUAGACUUGGUGCUUACAUGUAAAAUGGUUUUGACGUGGGGCUUUUUUCAAACAAGCAGUUUUUUCCCUUGUGUGUCAUUAAGUAGUACCGCAUUGGAAAAGGGUAUGUUUGAAUUGACUCCAAGAUUCGCAAGUCGCCUGCUGCCAACAGCUUGGCCCUGGUUGCGAGCCUUUCAAUUACUCCCACCUCUUCCCAUCGGCCGUGUAAUGCCUUCUGUUCUUGGGAGAGGGUUCAUUGGAAAGGACCUCCCGGCAUUGCUUUGCGCCCUUUCCUUUUCUCUUUUUUUAGCUGCUACGCAAUUCUUUUUUCACAUGUCUGGGUAGCUCUUUGUUACACAUCAUCCAGACAGUAUUAUUGGACUCCCACUGGCCUUUCUAACAGAAAUUGCCCAACAACUUCCAAAAAUGGGAGGAGGGGAUGAUUGCAAAUAACGUUCGAGGUUUUUGGAGGAGGGGGUCAGCAUUGAACCACAGCCCUUGUGGCCACCCUUGCCUGGUCAGUUGUCACAAAACUGAGCACUCUGCAUAACAAGUCCUGCUUCUUGGGACAGGCAUGGAGGCUGCAUUUUGAAGCAUGCCGGGCAUAACCCGCAGCCUGUGAAACUCUCUGGCUUUUUGGAUGUAGCUGCCCGGUUAAAGGUUCCUUCUUGGUUUCCCUUCUUCUGGCUGUGACGCUUCCUAUGUAUAUCUCAGCUGAGUCUGGCCAGAUGAACUGAAGGCAGCAUGUAUGCAGCACCAGCCAUCGUCCCUCUUUGGCCCCUAGUCCGGUAAGUGCUAAAAGAAAAUAUUAAAACCUCUUGAACCAAAGACAGUAGGGUGGAAGAAAUGUGUGAACAGCUGGAAAAGUGAAUCCCCUCUCAGCUCUCACAUGGCUCUCUUAGACAAUAGUUUUUACAUCCGGCCUAACAAGCAGGACUAAUUCGGAGUCCAGCAAUCUUUGUACCAAAGAAGCAAGCUUUACAGGGGGAAAUGGCAGCAGGUCACAGAGCCGAGGGCUUUGAUUCUGGCUCCUUGCUAUACAGCAGAGCCUGCUGACUUGACUACCCAGCAGGUAACCUUGUGUUACCAUUCUGUUCUCAAGCACCCCCCAGCUUACUGUCUGCUGCCCUGUGAAGUUCUGGUCUCCGCUGUACGUGUGUGCAUGUUCCGAGUUGGAUUCUGUGAGCCGUCACUCGAAGGCGCUUCUGGUUGUGGAUCUUUCCCAUGUCUCCCCCUCGCUCUGCUACAGCAGUCCCAUCUGCCCGCAGGAAAGUUGAUUCCUGGGGUUGUGGGACCGGCGUCAACUAAAAGCAGUGCUGCUCAGUUGUCUGCAGUGUGGAGGAAGAAAGGGACGAAAUCGCCCUUCUUGGUUCUUCUCCUCACCCUUUCCCACAGACUGUUUUAGGAUACUCCAUAGUUCCCAAUGCCACUUCCUUUCUUCUCCUCGUCCCCCUCCCAGAAUUAGUCCUCCAUGAGUCACUCCUUUAUUACCCCCACACACACACACACACACUUUUUAAACAAUUCUUAGAUGCACUUUAAGUAUCUUGGUUCAUUUUGAUACUGAAUGCCAGUCCUCCUGGAUCAUCUGAUCCUUCUAGGAAUCAUCUCCAAAACUGGUGGAGGGAUUUGUUUUUAUUAUCGUCGUCGUCGUCGUCCUCAUUAUUAAAUUAAAAGCUCUUGCCAGCAUCUCUGCUGCCAGAGAGGCUGCCAGAGAUCCGAAGCAGAGUAAAACACGCCUCUGUACCUUUGGAGUGCCUUAUGCUCGUGAAUGCUAGGAGACUGGGCUCUGGCAUAGCUCCGUCCCAUCCCACAUACUUGAUUCCUCUGCAUCCCUCCAUGGGGUGCUUUUCAACGCCUUCCUGACUCUUGGGAGGCCGGUGGCACGAAGGGCUGUUGCUGUACCUGCACCUUUUGCAGAGCACGCUCUGGUUUGGACCGUGGAAAGAGGAGGGCGCCCAUGGCCCUGGGCCGGCUUUUCUGGCUGAAGCCAGCCCUACAAACGGCUGCUCCAAAGCGCACAAAGGGGUUGCUGGCUUCCCGUCGGGUCAGUGCUCUUAUCCUUACCAGGAAGCCGCCACCUUCCUUUAUGCAGCACUUCAGCAGGUCUUUCCUGUUCCAUGCUGGUUUCCGAUGCUACCUGGUGUGUUAAUGA